GUAAUAAGUAAUGUCAUCGCUAAUAUGUAUAUUCGAAUACAUUCUAUUGUAUUCAAUAUUGUGCUUAUUAUUUUUAGUUUCUUCAGGUUAAGCUUGACGGAUCAUUCAAGUUAAUUAUGUUUUGUACAUCUUUUAGCUACUAGUUCGAUAAUUAGAGUUGGUUUGUCAACGCGCAAUUAUUGUAAAAUAAGGAUUCACGCAAAUCGACAUUAUCUAACUACAUAUUAUUUAAUUCACGAUAAAUUAAACAAAAAUGAAAUAUAACCUUGUGCGUACAUCGCUUUCUUGUCGAACAUAAAACAAUCGCCGUUACAUGCAUCAUACAUAUCGCAAUACCUAAAGAAAUUCAAAAUUGCGGGUUGUCUCAACAAGCAACUACCAUUUAUUUACAAUAAUGUGUGAAUUGUAAGCGCUCCCCAAACUUAAAUCCCACCUCUCUCUCUUUAAAUUUGAGUACUCGUAUCGUACCUUGUAUCAGUGAUUUGUUUAUAUCAUUGUUGAUUUCACUGGUUUGACGAUUGGAGACUUAACAGGCGUGAUGUCGCGUUUAGUUUCGCUUUUUGUGUGCAUAUUCGCGGGAAUUUUAUUGGUAGAUUCGCAGUUUAAUGUUGAAAUUCAAGAACCGAAAUUAACCUCAUUUCUAAAUAGGAUAACAAAUACUACAUUUGAUUUGAUAAGAAGUGGUAUAAAUGUUUUUGGAAAUACUAUAGAAACGAUAAUAACAACUUUCUCAAAAAUAGAGGAUCGACUGAGUGCCUUAGUGGAAUUAAUUAGAAGCCAACUAAUAAAAGGCGUGCCUGAAUUGAGCAUUCCGAUAUUGGAUCCACUGCAUGUAAACAAAAUUGAAUUUGACGUUAGACAUGAGGCAGCUCUAUUGAAGGGAAACGCCAAAAACAUCACUAUAAAACAUAUUUCGAAAUUUGUGGUUACCAAAGAGAAGCUGACCGAUCUGGGUAAACUACGUUUCAGACUAGAUAUUAAUUUAACUUUCCCAUUUAUCAGAGCAAAUGGAACUUAUCAAGUAAAUGGUCUUAUCGGCCAAACAUUUAGGAUCUUCGGAAAUGGUCCAUUUAAAUUGAACAUCAUAGAUUUAAGAAUUGCCACAUCGACAAUAUUAAAAUUCACCUUACCAGGUCAAUUACAAGUUGAAAAUAUAAGUAUCUUACCCAGACUGAGGAAGCUAGAGAAUAACUUCGAAAACAUGAUGAAUGAUCCUGAUACUGGAGCUCUUAUCAAUAAGGCUAUAUCAAGAUUAGCUCCAGAAGCAUUGAAGAUUUUCUGGCCAGAACUGAAGAGACCUAUAGAACUGGAAUUCAUAAAGUAUAUUAACAACCUUUUGGACAACGCUUCGGUGGUGAACAUUGCGAAGAGGAUUUUCAACAUCACCUAAAUUUUCAUAUAACAGAAUCAUUAAAAUAACAACAAAUUAGUUACCAUAGAAACGAAAUUAUACACAUAAUUAGUUGUUUAUAUUGGAAAGGUAGGGUAGGGCGGAGCAUUAUGAAUACUGACUCUUAUUUAUUCAAUUUUAAUUUUUCCAAAUACAUAAAAGUAAGUUAGUACCCAAUUUAUAUAAAUUAAAAAGGACGAGUGGUUUUUAAGUUCUAUGAGGAGAAAAAGACUAACAUGAAUUAAAAGCAAAUUCCAAUUCCAUAUGAGAAUUAAACAGAAAUUAAAAUAAGAUACAGGCACAUAUUCAUUAUUGAGGAAAUUGACUGCUCCAACUCAGUAAUUAGAUAUACAGCCAUAUGAAAUGUUGAUGGUUUCGAUAGUGACUAACUGAAUAAUAACAGACGAUCAUAAGUGAUGUCGUAGGAAAAAUAGAAGAUAUCACCAGUCGCGAAUAUUGUAUUCGAUAAUAGUAACUGACUGUAAUUGCAAAGGCACAAAAUGAUCUGUUCAUUAUUAUCAUGAUUUGGUCUGUCUGACAAAAAAGUGAAGUGAAGAGAAAACCAAAAAAUGUCUAGGGUUUAAUAUUUGAAAUAGUUUCGCCCUACCUUAAUUAACAAAAAACGUAUGUUAAGUUAGAUGUAAUGAAUGUUUAGGAAAAACCACUGAAAUUCAUUUGUUAGACUUAAAAACUAAUGUGAAAUUAUGUUUGGCCUCCAAAUAAUUAUACACAGUUACCAGAGUAUCUUAUUAUAAUUGGAUUUUCAAGAAACAACUUUGAAGUUUAAAUUGAGGACAAUCAUAGUAGUAGAUUUUGUAAGAAAAUGCAGGACCAUUUUGUGCUUUAUUAAAAAGUUUGAAGGCAAUUUAUUCAAUUAAAUAUCUUUUAUUAGGUCGUUCCUGUUUAAUUAUAUGCAGAAUAUACAUGCCAAUUAGAUAAUAUAUUCAGUGAUCUUCAAUUUUCGAUUAGAGAAGAAUCAUCUGUUUAAGUUUUCAUUAUUCAAAAUAUAUUUUAAUAUAUUUUCUAAUCGAUUGCGUUAAGUACCAUUCGAACAAUUAGAUAUUAGGAAUAACAUUUUUCAUUUCAGUCGAUUUUUUAUUAAACAAAGUGGUCCAUACUAAUCUACAUUAAGUGAUAGAGCUAAAACUGAAUAAUAACAGAAGUACAAUCCUCUCAAGGGUUUUUUAACUAUAUGCCAUUAUAUAAAUUAUCAGAAUAAUCAACUUUACAUCACUACUCAGCCCAUCUCGUAUAAAUAUAGGAUAGUUUUGAACAGUAUGUGUCAGUCAUUUUCGAUUUUUUGGGCCUGAAGCCCACAUUUUCAAAAUUCUAAAGUUGUAAACUAAACUUAUUGAUGCUAGUUAUAUAAUAUAUUGUAUAUUGGGUGAAUAUUUUAAUUUAUUGGUAAUGUGCGUUGGUUACUGAAUUUAAAAACAAUUUGAAAAACAUGCACAUUAGUCAUUUACUGUGAUAAAAAUAAUUUUAUGAUAAUGUAAAAAAAGGUACUUAUAUUUUAUGUUUCGAAAAUAAAUUGGAAGGGAUUGUUAAAAAAAAUUAUAAUAUACUUUUAAUGGUAAA